UCCGCUGUCAAUGUUGAACCCAGUAUUGUGUGAUACUCUAGUUUAUCAAAUAUUUUACAUAUUUAUCACUUAAAUUGUUGAUUGAGCUUAUUUUAUAGUAUUUUAUAAAGUAUAUCACAAUGACUACUCUUCGUCCCUUCACCUGCAAUGAUAUGUUCAAAUUCAACAAAGUUAACCUCGAUCCGCUGACGGAAACGUACUGUCUGUCGUUCUACAUGCAAUAUUUGGCCCACUGGCCAGAGUACUUCCAAGUGGCUGAGUCACCAAGUGGGGAAAUCAUGGGUUACAUUAUGGGAAAAGCGGCAGGCCACGGAGAAAACUGGCACGGACACGUAACUGCACUAACCGUGUCACCGGAUUACCGGCGGCUUGGGCUAGCGGCAACACUCAUGAACUUCUUGGAGGACGUGUCCGAGAAGAAACGCUGUUAUUUUGUUGAUUUGUUCGUCCGGGUUAGUAAUAAGGUGGCAAUCGACAUGUACACCAAGCUGGGUUAUAUCGUGUACCGGACGGUGCUGGAAUAUUACGUUGGUGAUCCGGAUGAGGAUGCGUACGAUAUGAGGAAAGCUUGCUCCAGGGAUAUACAUCGAAAGUCGGUGAUUCCGUUGACGCAUCCAGUUCGACCGGAUGAAGUGGACUGAUAGGUCGACGAUAGAAUUUCAAUUUAAAAUUUUGUCUGGCAGAGUAUUCCGACGAAAUGGGUGUUGAACAAAAAUGUAUAGUACCAAUGGACAAUUGCACAGUGUAUAACCAAAAUCUAAAUCGCAUCAAGGAUUCAUUAUGAUUGAAAAAAUAUACGUUUUUCCAAAAAUUA